GCGGGGCCGUGAGCGCGGAGCGGCCGCCGGGGCCGUGGCCAUGGCGGGGCCGGCCUGACCCGACCCGACCCGCGCUCGUCGCCGCCGCGAUGUUGCCGAGCCAGGCCGGGGCCGGGAACGGUGCCGCCGCCGCGCUGGCCCGCGGCUCGGGGUUGGGCCGGUCGCCGGUGCCGCGUGGGGCGAACGGCGGCGGGGUUGCGGCGGCCGUGGCGGCGGCGGGGCCGCCCGGGGGCCGCCUGGAGCGGGAGGCGUUGUACAGCGGCAGCGAAGGCGACUCGGAGUCGGGCGAGGAGGAGGAGCUGACCGGCGAGCGGCGCGGCGUGAAGCGGGGCCUGGCCGAGGCGGCGGCGGCGGCGGCGGCGGGGCCCGCGGCGGGAGCGGCGGCGGCCGCCUACAGCGGCGGCGGCGGGGGCGCCGGGGCCGUGAGCGGCGCCAAGCCCGGCAAGAAGACUCGCGGCCGGGUGAAGAUCAAGAUGGAGUUCAUCGACAACAAGCUGCGGCGUUACACCACCUUCAGCAAGAGGAAAACCGGCAUCAUGAAGAAGGCCUAUGAGCUCUCCACGCUGACUGGCACUCAAGUCCUGCUGCUGGUGGCCAGCGAGACGGGCCAUGUGUACACGUUUGCCACGCGGAAACUGCAGCCCAUGAUCACCAGCGAGACGGGGAAGGCGUUGAUCCAAACGUGCCUCAACUCCCCGGACUCGCCCCCGCGCUCGGACCCCACCACGGACCAGCGCAUGAGUGCCACGGGCUUCGAGGAGACAGACCUCACCUACCAGGUGUCCGAGUCGGACAGCAGCGGGGAGACCAAGGACGCCCUGAAACCAGCGUUCACUGUCACCAACCUGCCAGGGACGACGUCCACCAUCCAGACAGCCCCCACCACCUCCACCUCCAUGCAGGUCAGCAGCGGCCCGUCGUUCCCCAUCACCAACUACCUGGCGCCAGUGUCUGCCAGCAUCAGCCCCAAUGCCGUCACCAGUGCCAACGGGACAGUGCUGAAGACCCCUGGAGCCAGUGCUGUGACAUCUGGGGGCCUCAUGCCCAUACCCACGGGCUUCACCCUCAUGUCAGGUGCUUCCCUUUCUCCGGGGACCCCUCCCAUUCCUCUGGCUCAGUUGCAGCCUCACUCCCUGGCUCUUGCCAGCCAGCAGGCCCAGGUGGUGGCGGGUACGGCUGGACCGCUGCAGCAGGCACAGCAGACAGUCUUCCGCUUCCCUGCCAGAGCUGGAGGGCAGAUCGUGUCGCUGACAGGUGGUACCAUGGCUCAGCAGGUCCCAGUCCAGGCGAUCCAGGUGCACCAGGCACCGCAGCAAACGUCUCCUUCUAGUGACAGCAGCACUGACCUUACACAGACCUCUUCCAGUGGAACAGUGACCCUCCCAGCGACCAUCAUGACGUCGUCUGUGCCAACCACGGUGGGUGGGCACAUGAUGUACCCCAGCCCGCACGCCGUGAUGUACGCGCCCACCCCCGGCCUGGCCGACGGCGGCCUCGCCGUCCUCAACGCCUUCUCCCAGGCGCCCUCAGCCAUGCAGGUGUCCCACGGCCAGGUCCAGGAUCAGGGUGGCGUGCCCCAGGUGUUCCUGACAGCCCCAUCAGGCACCGUUCAGAUCCCAGUCUCAGCUGUCCAGCUUCACCAGAUGGCUGUCAUCGGGCAGCAGAGCAGCAGUGGCAGCAGCCUGACGGAGCUGCAGGUGGUCAACUUGGACACCUCACAUGGCGCCAAGAGUGACUGAGAGGCCUCUGCUGCCGGCCCUGUGCCGUCCCUGGUUCCUCACGCCAGCGCCGGGGCUGGUGGCGAUUCCUUCUCCUACAGACUGCACCAGUUAUUUAUUGUUGCCUUUUCACGUUUCCUUCAUCCACACACACGCGCACACACACACACAUGCACCCACCCACCCACACAGGCAUGGCGUGGGGCUGUAGGACCCCCUUGAGCUGGAGCCGUGCAGGGCCUCGAGGGCGUUUGGAUGCCGCCAUAGCUGCGCUUUGUCUCGUGCCAGCCAAAGAAACUUGUCUCUCGAGAGGAGGAUCGCUCCGUGCUGUCCAGAACCGCAGCGGGCCCUUCCCAGCUGGAGGCUCCGACCCCUCCUGGGCACCCGGGGCCGCCUCACCCGCCAGCGUCCCCUCGGCGUGGGGCUCGACUCGGGCCCGGAGAGCCGUCCCGCGGGUGCAGAGCGGGCCCAGGCCGCGCCGCUGGCCUCAGCAAUGUGCCUUUGUGGGGCCGCCAGGCCCUGGCCGCAGCGGCUCUCGCUGGGCUCCGGCCGGGGGAGAGUGGCCGGCUUGCACGUGCAUCUGCGGCGGGGCCUGCGCGCCCUCCCUCCCUCUCUCCCUCCCAGGGCUCGGCCCCAGCCUCCUCGUAUGCACUACAGUGAAGCCCUCUGCCCUCAGUGCCUCCUCGCAGGGCUGGCUCUGCCCCGGGGGAUGCACGGCCCCUCGCACAGCACAGGGGGCCGGCAGCUGGAUGUCCCGGGCAGCUCUCUGUGGCCGGCCCGGCCCCACGCCCUCCUCUCGGCACUCACGCUGCUUGAGGAUUCUGGACACCCAGGGGAACGUGGCCGGGUCUUUCCCACAUACCCCCGCAGCUCCAGCCAGCGCUUUCUGAGUUUCUGUGUCGGAUGCAAGGUGUAGAAACAAGUCUCAAAGGGAAGAGCCCCCGUGGCACGGAGCUGCUGGGCGCGUGGCAGGGCUCUUCCUCUGAGCGCCGGGUGACCCAAGGGCCAUCCCGGGCCGAGCGGCAGUGGCUGUGGUGCUGGUGCAGGCUCAGCAGAGGCAGGGGGAGAAGGGCUGGAGCGUGCUUGGUCCUGCAUGGGAGUUGCUGUGAAUGGCUCUGCUACCUAGCCCUGUCCCUGGAGGGAGAGUGAGCAAGUGAGAGAAGCUGCUGAAUCCUUAGGGGGAAGAAGCAGCUACUGUAACUUUUUUGUUUUCUUUAAGUUAAAGACAAAAAGAAGCCUUGGAGAAAAAAAAAAAAGACAAAAAAAGACAAAAAAACAAAAAAGAAAAUGACUUUAUUUUUCUAAGUGUUAAACUCAGUAUUUAUGUAAUUCUUUAAGGAAUAAAAGUUUGGCUCCUGUACAGUUUUCAUGGGGUUUGUACCAGGGGGAUGGGAGAGGGGGGUGGGUGGGCACGGAGGCAGGAAAGGGGCCUUGCUUUUGAGUUUGUAUUGUAACCUUGGACAUGUUCCCUCAGCAUUAGCGUUUAAGCUGCGCUCUGCACCCGCCAGCACGUGCCGGGGACCGGGCUGAAGUGAGCGGGACGCUUGUUUCCCACUUACCUGUCCCGAGUGAGGACUCUGUACCCAUCCGUUUGGGCUUAGCGGGCAGAAGGGCAAGUGAAGGCAGUGUGUGCUCUCCAGAAGUGGGGAACCCAUCCCUCGGGAGCCAAGGGGCUUGCAGCAGCGUGCCCAGGAGCCAGAGGUGGGCUGGAGUUUUCUCUGUUCGCCUCUGGGCCUGGGAGCUGCGGCUGUUCUGUGGCUGCUCUUGGUUACCUGUGACUGCCUAAGGGCUAUGGGCACCUCCACUCCUCUCAGACUGGCAAGUGGCCAGCAGUGGCUAAUCUCUGCUCUUGCUGUGCAGGUAGCCUCUCCUGAACUCCCAGCUGAUGAUCUGGGCUGUAAUUCCCCCGUGUACAGCUGUUCCUUUAAGUGCAGAGAUGUGGACAAGUCCCCUCCAAAGCCCUCGCUGCCAAGAGCUCUCAGAAGGGUAUUUCAAUCUUUUAUGCAGCCUGGGAAGGGCUCAUGAGGAGUGGGGUGGCCCAUCUGGUGAGAGUGACGCUGUGUGGGCCUCCCCUCAGUGUCCGUGCUGCUCAGCAAUGCCUCCGAAACAAGGCUGAGUACUGAGGAGCUCUGCCGGGGAGAAGGAUGGGGCUGGGGUUUGCAUCACCCUUUGCCCCAGCACCUCACCGUGCCCUAGCUUUGCUCCCCUUUGCUUGUGCCAGCGUGGUGGAGCAGAGCUGGUGUGGGCUGGGAUGGCAGGAGUGGCCCUGCUGCUACAGGGUGCCCGACUGCGUUCCCUCCCUGGCUUCCCAAAGGCAACUGCUGGUUAAACGCUAAUGGUGUAUUUUAUUUAAGUGCAGACUUGUAAGAACACUUGUGUAUCAGGGAUGAAAUGGCAUUUACGUGUGGUGACAUUUUUAGUUCAUUUUACUGGUUUGAAGGGGGGGGUGUGUGUGAGGGGAGUGUGUGUGUGUGUGUGUGUGUGUACACAUAAGUGUGUGUGGGAUGAUUAUGGUUUUCUUUUUCCCUCCAGUUUCCAGGGUUGUGUUUCUGGAAGGAUGUGGAAGUAAUCACAGUACUAUGUACAGAGCUUUCUUUUGUAUUAAAAACAAACAAACAAAAAAUUUACUCUUUCAAUAAAUGUUAUCAUUUUGUGCACAGA